AUAUUUCAUUACCUUUAACUCCAGGGCGUAAGAGUGAGAUAUCGCUUGUAAAAAGUAGUUACGAGUGUAUGGUAGAAUCCUCAAGUUUUCUGGCAGAGCAAGUGUCUGCUGUGUGAUCGAACCACGGCGAAGUGUUCGUCGAUUUCUCCGUGUGAGGGAAUUGCAGUUUACAAACUGGAUCGAAGCGUUAACUGCUCAGCCUUAUGCUGUAAGCAAGUGUUUUUUUCCGAAGUACCUGUAGUUGUAGUUACCAUGAUUGGCAGUAGCUAGGUAGUGCUGAGGUAGGGAUCCACAGCGCUGCCUAACCGUAAAGGCUACCUCAGCAGCAGUGAUAAGCUACGAUCGUUUCCUAAGCAGCCAGAGACACGUCAUAACACAAAGCAUCACUUAGAGACGUGGUGCUGCUGCUGUGAGCGUAUAGAAGCCAAGCUACAACACCCCGUCUGCCUAACCCACGGAUCUCAUGCAUAAAGAUAAAACAAAUUUGUUACAUCUACCUGGAGCGGUUACUCUCGUGAGGAAUUAUUUAAAACCAAAGAAAACUCAGCCAGAAGUGGUUGAGAAACCGUAAACGGUGGCAGAAUCGUAAAGAUUGGUUAUCCCCUUCCAUGGCUGUGAAGCUGUUUCGACGGGGGUCGAUCCGAUGCAUAGGGUUGCUGUUUGCGGCUGUUACGAUACUGCUCUGCCUGUACUACAUCUCCACGGUUCCACCACAACCGACCGUCGGCGGUCUGCAGGGAAUGGAUUUUUUAGUUUCCAUGGAGGCAAAAGAAAUGGAGCGUCCCAAACGAUCUAACGGCCAGGAUGUGCAGCAGGCGGGUUCGCAUGCAAAUCUAUCGUGGCCCAGCUGGCUACGAAACAGCCUCGGCUCGAUAGGGGGCCUUAGCAAGGAUCAUCAACACCAGCGCGUCGGUGAUUGGGAAGGUGAUAACGUGCGAGAUGAAGAUGAUCUCAACGACACGGGCGGUGGUGGUGGUGGCGUUGUCGGUGGUGGACCAUUGCCACGGUUCAGCAGCCGAUGGGAUGAGUGCAGUGUGCUGGAGGAAAGUCCCACCGACAUCAGCACCGUUGAUGAGUAUGGAAAAUUCGAUUUUCAGCCGGAAUGGAUGAAAACGAAGGAGUACUGGGACAAGGAUUUUGAGUCGCGGUACGAAAAGCUGCAAAAGGAUCCGAAGCGGCCACCGCUGAAGAUUGUCGUCGUACCGCAUUCCCACAACGAUCCGGGUUGGUUGAAAACUUUCGUCAACUACUUCCAGUCUGACUCGCGUCAAAUUCUCAACCUGGCCGUCACCAAAAUGCCCGAGUACAGCAACAUGUCGUUCAUCUGGAGCGAGAUCUGCUUCUUGCAGCUCUGGUGGGACCAGGCGGAUGCGGCUAAGCAACAGAUCCUGAAGAAAUUGGUGCAAUCAGGCCGUUUGGAGAUUACUACUGGUGGUUGGGUUAUGACGGACGAAGCGAACGCUCAUCUUUAUGCAAUGGUUGAUCAGCUUAUCGAAGGUCACCAAUGGGUGAAGUCGAACCUGAACAUAACGCCUAAGACGGGAUGGAGUAUCGAUCCGUUUGGACACGGCAGUACCGUACCGUACUUGUUGGCAGCGUCCGGAUUCAAGGGCACCAUCAUCCAACGGAUCCACUACGCGUGGAAGCAAUGGUUCGCCCGUCAUCGGAACGGCGAUUUCCUGUGGAAACCAUACUGGAAAGGGUCUGCUGGCAAUACGAACGACCACACACUUCUUACGCACAACAUGCCGUUCGAUCUCUACUCUAUUAAGCAGUCGUGUGGACCACACCCGUUCAUUUGCCUGAACUUUGACUUCCGCAAAAUACCAGGAGAGUCAUCAGAAUAUUUGAUUAACACACAGUUCAUCACGCAGGAGAACAUCGAGGCGAAAGCGGACCUGUUGAUGGAACAAUACUCAAGGACUGCCUCUCUAUUUCCACAUAACGUCGCCCUGAUCCCGGUAGGUGAUGACUUCCGGUACAACAAGGAGAAGGAAAUGGAACAACAGUACACCAACUACAAGAAACUGAUCGACUACAUCAACGAGCAUCGAAAGAAAUACAUCGCGGAGAUCAGCUUCGGAACGCCUGUUGACUAUUUCAACGCGAUCCGGGAGCGGUACGAUCGCUUCCCGACCUUGAAGGGCGACUUCUUCGUGUACGCCGACAUUUUUAACGAAGGUCGGCCGGCGUACUGGUCCGGAUACUUCACAACCCGGCCCUACUACAAGAUACUGAGUCGCGAGCUGGAGCACAAUCUCCGCAGCCUCGAGAUCCUUUUCACGAUUGCGUUCAAUCGAGCUCGCCAAGAGGGCAGCUCAAACGCGUUCAAGAUCUACGAGAAGAACUAUGAAAAGAUGAUACUGGCGCGCCGGAACCUGGGUCUGUUCCAGCAUCACGACGCGAUCACCGGAACUUCGAAGGCGAACGUGAUGCGUGACUAUGCACUGCGACUGUUCGAAAGCAUCGAAGACAUGGUGCAACUACAGGCGAAGACGAUCGAGCUGCUGGUACAGCGGAGGCCUCUCGACCAAAGCUUCCUGAUCGGGGAGCUCCAGUUUGACUUUGGAAAGCUGCCACGAAAGAUGUCUAUUUCCGUGACGGAGGGUGGUCGCAACGUAGAGUUCAUCGCGUAUAAUGCACUCACCCAGGAACGACUAGAGGUGAUCACGAUUCAUACGCUGACGCCGCGAGUCAAGAUACUGGACGCGAGUGGUCGGACGGUCGAGAUCCAGAUCAACCCAGUGUGGAACAUCGAGAAUAUGUCGCAAACGUCGCGCAAGAUAGCAGCGUCAGAUAAGUUGUACAAAGUGAUGUUCGUGGCCAAGUUGGCCCCGCUUUCACUGACCACCUUCACGGCAGCAUACGACGAGGAUGGAUAUCAAGGCAAGAUGGCGACACUGUACUGUAACGAGUGUCAAGACGAAAAGAACAAGGCGUUCGAGGUGCGCAACAAGCAACCGGGCGAUAUUCAGCUGGAGAACUACAAAAUGCGGUUGCUGUUCGACGAACAGAGCGGCUUCCUCAAGUCGGUUACGAAGAAGAACAUGGGCAAGCAGAUUCAGUGUGCGAUCAAGUUCACGGCGUACAAGAGUACCCAGUUCCACUCCGGUGCGUACCUGUUCAAAACCGAUCCGGAGCAGCGAAGCUCAGAGAAGGAUGUACUGGAGCAGUACGGUGAUCUAACAAUUCUGAUCACCUCAGGACCGUUGGCCAGCGAUGUCACAGCAAUAUAUGGACCGUUUCUGGCUCACACCGUGCGCAUCUACAACUCAAACAGUGUACUCGAUAGUGCAAUUUACAUUGAGAACGAUAUUGAUUUCGAAACACCACCCAAGAAUCGCGAAACCGAACUCUUUAUGCGCUUCAUUACCGAUAUCGAAAAUGGCGCGAGUGAAAAUCCCGAGUUCUUCUCCGACUUGAACGGCUUCCAAUAUCAGAAACGAGUGAAGGUGUCGGCCAUCGGUGUGGAGGGCAAUUACUUCCCAAUCACGUCCGGUGCUUUCAUUCAGGACGAACGAAUGCGUCUAACGCUACUUACGACACAUGCCCAGGGUGCUGCCAGCUUGGAACCAGGCCAGCUUGAGGUCAUGCUGGACCGGCGCACACUCUACGAUGAUUACCGUGGUAUGGGUGAAGGAGUAAUCGAUAGUCGGUUGACGCGACACCGUUUCUGGUUGACGCUGGAAACCAUCGAUGGUGCGCAACGCUCCGGUGCGACCGGUGAUGGCAGCGAUAGUUCCGAGAACCGCAAACCUUCCGCCACUGAAGAUCGUCCGGCCGAAUACCAGUUACCAAGCAUCUUCGCCAAUAGCCUCUCGAAUGGACUCAACUAUCCGGCCAACCUGUUCAUCGUCGAACGAUACGAUGAAACUAGUCAGAUCGAACUGCAUCAUGCGGUGCAGUUACUAGCGGUGCAGUUCCCUUGCGAUCUGCACAUCCUCAAUCUGCGUACCCUCACCGAAAGCACUCUGCCACUGUUUCCAUCCAGUUCGGCGCUGCUGGUGCUACAACGACAGGCUUAUAGCUGCCGGAUAGGAUCCGAAGAGAUGAUCAGCUACUUCUGUGGUAACGGUAGUGCCACCAACCCCACUGAUCACGGUGGUGGUAGUGGAACCAUCGGUACAGGAAACACAAGCGAAAAUGAGAUCCCUGUUCAUGCAGCUGGUACGACAGAUGGACGAAAACAACUUCAGCUAUUCCGUCGGUUACGGAUCGAUUCGAUCGAUGCUACAUCGCUUACCGGUCUGCAUGCCGGUGACCCCAUCCGCUCUUUCACCGAUAUCUAUCUCGAUCCGAUGGAACUGAAAACGUAUAAGCUCACGUUUGUGAAUUAAAGUUAUGAAGAAGAAAUCGAAUUAAUGGUUCCAUAUGUGCACAGAUGUUGCUCAAUGAAAUGAAGAAUAGUUUGUUAAAAAAACGAUUGAAAUGAUAUUUUGAGCAGCAAAAGAUAAUCUGUAAAGAUACUGAGUAAUACGCAGCGAGAUAAUGUUUGUGACUGGCUCGAAACUAACUUUCCCACGGCGGAAUGGUGAGUGAUGUGUCCCACCGCAUCUUGGAAUACCGCAAACAUAACUGUAUUUGCAGGCCUGCAGUUAUUACUGGUUGAAAAUCUAGCGAAGGGAAUGAGCAUUAUAAAUAAUACAGGAAAAGAAAUUGAACAAAUAAAUAAGACUAUAUAUUUAUCUUGAUGAAUAUGUCAAUGAAAAGAUAAAAAAUAACCAGGGAUUGUCAAAAAAUAAAUCAACACAAAGCGAAUUUGGUCCCUGUAAUGGGGCAGAAACAAAUACAAAGCACAAUGGAACUACGAGACAUCGUGUUAACAGGUACUAACAAAUUCAAAUUUUCGGCAUGCUACUAGAAACAUUCAUAAAUCAGAAGCAACGAAUCGUCGUUCCCAUACAACAGAAAAAGUAACAUACGCAUUGCCAUAAGUAUUGCCUCAAGAUGCUCCAGAAGUCCUGGUGGAUGAGUUGUAUAGCAUUAGACUGACUUUUAACCGCCGCUACCUGGUUUCGCACGUUUCGCUAUGAGGAAUGAAAGAAGCCAAGAGUGAAUUUCAUCUAAAAGUUAGAUCCCGUUUUCGUUCCGACUCAUUUUGAUUCCACCAAUAAAGAACACAAAGUGCUAUUUUCUUAAAAUA